CCUGCGCGGCGACGACGGCGGCGGGGGAGCGAGUGAACGCGAGGGGCGGGCGCAAGUGCCUGUGAGUCACCGGUACCUGGGGUGCGAGCGACGCAGAGCCAGCGGCGCGGAGCCCGAGCCGGAGCCGAGCGCGAGAGCCCGAGAGCCGGAGACCCAGAGAGCGCGGCCCGCCCCAGGCGACAGGCCCCGCCGCGCCCCCAUCGCGCCCCGCCAGGCAGGCUCGCCCCGAUCCCCGCGCCCACUCCCCACCCCGGCGCACGGCGCCCGAAGCCCUCCCGCCUGCCCGGAGGCGGCGCGGGGCUCGCCGGGGGAUGUCACAGCGGCUCCUCGGAGCCCCUAGUCGCCGCCGCCGCAGCCACCGCCCGUGGGAACCGCGACAAUGAACCCCCAGUGCGCCCGCUGCGGAAAAGUCGUGUAUCCCACGGAGAAAGUCAACUGCCUGGAUAAGUAUUGGCAUAAAGGAUGCUUCCAUUGUGAAGUCUGCAAGAUGGCUCUCAACAUGAACAAUUACAAAGGCUAUGAAAAGAAGCCCUAUUGUAAUGCACACUACCCCAAGCAGUCCUUCACAACAGUGGCAGAUACACCUGAAAAUCUUCGUCUGAAGCAGCAAAGUGAAUUGCAGAGCCAGGUAAUUUCUAGAAGGCCUAUUUUAUUAUGA